AUGCUGCCAAGAUUUCGAGGCCAUCGGCGCCGAGAUGGCCGAGCCAGACCCCUGACCCACAGGUGCCACUCCCCUCACGGUCACAUCUUCUCGACUCUGCUGCCAUUCCGGUGCAGGACCGGUAGUAUCGCUUGGGUCAGCUUGGAAUCGCUUGGCUAGUCGUCUUGGUUGGGGUAGUUCAAAUGCCACGAGAUACCCUGCUAGGCGUCAAAAGGAUGGGCUCGUCGCUCAUGAUAGACUGCACCAUGCUCUUUCAACCCCAGGCGUAUCCGAGGUGGUAGGGUGAGUGCCGUAUACCUUCUGGAUCGCUGCGUCCCGGACUGCUGCAGCAUUCAUAACAACGCUUGGGCUUUCGAGGGUUUACAACGAUCUGAAUCGGCUCAAAUUUGGGCGAGCCACAAUGGCAACCCUCACGAACCUGCCGGUAGAGCUCGUUGAGCUAGUUGCAUCCUUCCUGACCAUUGAAGAGCUCGCCACCGCCCGCCAAGCAUGCGGUUUCUUACGAGAAGCCUGUUCGAAGCUCUUCAACCGCAGACUUGAUGACAAAGUACUUUACGGCAUACAUAUUCGCGACGACUAUGUGCUGUGGCAGCGUGCGGACGCCGUUCCCAACGUUUCCAUUGCCAGCAUGCUUGCACGAGAGAUGGCGUUCAUGUUCAGCAUCAUUCAUAACGAUUACGCCGCCGAACGCUUCACCCGUCUGACGCUCUACGGCAUCAACUUUGACUAUCAGAACAACCAGUCCUUGUGUCAGAACUUCCGACAGCUACGCUUUCCGAAGCUUGUCGAGCUGAGUUUGAUGACAAUCCGCGUACACGAGGUCGAGGACGUUGCAGCACUCAUCCGCAUCAACGCACCUAGCCUCGACGAUGUUUGCAUACGCGGACUCAGUGUUGCCGAUAUCCGGACAUUCGCAACGGAUUGGAUACAGCUGCUAACGUUCAUGAGCGACGACAUGCACUUGACGAAGUACGAGAGCCGCAUCGAUCAACCGGGCUUGCGCGGUCUCUUCGAAACGCGAGACCCAAAGUCUGCAUUUUACGACAGCAAGCAUCGUCCGGUGGAGGAGGGUAGUGUCGAGUGCGAGCAAUAUUACAAGAUCGCGAACAACAUCCUCUUCGCUCAAGGGGCGGCUGCGGUCCCAGACGGAAUCACUGCGCAAAUUGCGCAUAUCCGUCACAAGAAGACCUUGCUGCGAGCGAAGAGGGUGAUAUCCCUCGGUUUCGGCGGUCUGUAAAGACGUGUUCAAAGUAGUAGUAACAUGCAUAGCGGCGGAGUCGGAGAAUGACGAAAGUUGGUCAACGCAGAAAGCAGGCGGAUCUUUCUACGGGCAAUCGUGAGCGAAUCGAUCCCACAAGCGGACGAUGUUCCCCUGGAUUGCGAUGAUACCGAGUGGCAGAGCCGUUCCACCAACCAGGGCGGUCCGUCACGCUG